AGAGAGAGAGGGGAAGAUGUCAGAUACCAGAGAGAGAGAAAGAUGUCAGAUACCAGAGAGAGAGAAAGAUGUCAGAUACCAGAGAGAGAUGUCAGAUACCAGAGAGAGGGAGAGAGAGGAAGAUGUCAGAUACCAGAGAGAGAGGAAGAUGUCAGAUACCCGAGAGAGAGAGAGAAAGAUGUCAGAUACCAGAGAGAGAGAGAAAGAUGUCAGAUACCAGAGAGAGGGGAAGAUGUCAGAUACCAGAGAGAGAGAGAGAGAGAGAGAGGGAAGAUGUCAGAUACCAGAGAGAGAGAGCGAGAGGAAGAUGUCAGAUACCAGAGAGAGAGAGAGAGAGGAAGAUGUCAGAUACCAGAGAGAGAGAGGAAGAUGUCAGAUACCAGAGAGAGAGAGAGAGAGAGAAAAGAUGUCAGAUACCCGAGAGAGAGAGAGAAAGAUGUCAGAUACCAGAGAGAGAGAGAGAAAGAUGUCAGAUACCAGAGAGAGAGAGAGAGAAAGAUGUCAGAUACCAGAGAGAGAGAGAAAAGAUGUCAGAUACCAGAGAGAGGGGAAGAUGUCAGAUACCAGAGAGAGAGGAAGAUGUCAGAUACCAGAGAGAGAGAGAGAGAGAGGAAGAUGUCAGAUACCAGAGAGAGAGAGAGAGAGAGAGAGAGAGAGAGAGAAAGAUGUCAGAUACCAGAGAGAGAGAGAGAGAGAGAGAGAAAGAGAGAGAAAGAUGUCAGAUACCAGAGAGAGAGAGAGAGAGAGAGAGAAAGAGGAAGAUAUCAGAUACCAGAGAGAGAGAGAGAGAGAGGAAGAUGUCAGAUACCAGAGAGAGAGAGAGGAAGAUGUCAGAUACCAGAGAGAGAGAGAGCGAGAGAGAGAGAAAGAUGUCAGAUACCAGAGAGAGAGAGAGAAAGAUGUCAGAUACCAGAGAGAGAGAGAGAAAGAUGUCAGAUACCAGAGAGAGAUGUCAGAUACCAGAGAGAGGGAGAGAGAGGAAGAUGUCAGAUACCAGAGAGAGGGAGAGAGAGGAAGAUGUCAGAUACCAGAGAGAGAGAGAGAGAGGAAGAUGUCAGAUACCAGAGAGAGGGGAAGAUGUCAGAUACCAGAGAGAGAGAGAGAAAGAUGUCAGAUACCAGAGAGAGAGAGAGAGAGAAAGAUAGAGAGAGAGAGAGAGAGAGAGAGAGAGAGAAAGAUGUCAGAUACCAGAGAGAGAGAG